UUGUCCCACAUUCCUCGCAGUGCCUGUGAGCGGAUUGUAGGUAGCGCCGCUGUGGUGAUGUAGUGCCCGCUGCCAGGCAAGGGAUGUCAUUCUGUAACACAUGAGACUGCUGCCCAUUGCUGUGUCCCUCCCAUAUCCUCCGCACACUCGCAGUCAUCACACAGCUUUCCUAUAGGCACUCCAUGACGGCCGUACAAUAGAGCGGUGCCCCGGCUGUGUGUUCUAUUGGUGGGGUUCCCUCCUGUGAAUGUUGUCAAUGAUCUGGCAGCUGUUAUUAGUCACAGCUACAGUGUACUGCACUGCCAGCCCCCCCACACUGAGUGCCAGGCUGAGCAGGGUAUGGGGGCCAGGGCUCCGGGCACAAGUGCGACUUCCUGCCCGCUACUUCUACAUCCAGGCUGUGGACACACAAGGGGACAACUUUACUUUUUCACCAACAAAGGAUGUUUUUCAAAUCCGUAUAACUGCUCCUGGAGAGCAGUAUACCAGAGUGGGAGUGCAAUUACUUGACCGGAGAGAUGGCUCCUUCCUGGUGCGGUACAGAAUGUAUGCCAGCUACAAAAGCCUACAAAUCGAGGUUACAUUCAGCAGCAAACAUGUUGCAGACUCUCCAUACUUUUUAGAAGGUCCAGUAUAUAGUGAAGAAUGUUAUUGCCCUGAACCAGACAGCAACCUAUGGUUAAAACACAUGGCUUGUAAUGAAUCCAUCCCACAAAUUGAGCAUGAUCUCAAACCAUUUCCUACUGUGGAUCCUGACAAGAUUGCUGUGGAAAUUCCUGAAAGGUUUGGUCAUCGACAGAGUUUAUGUCACUACACCAUCAAAGACAACAAAGUCUAUAUAAAGACGUACGGAGAGCAUGUGGGAUUCAGAAUAUUCAUGGAUUCCUUUCUUCUGUCUUUAACAAGUAAAGUGAAAGUUCCAGAUGUGGAAUUCUUUGUAAAUUUAGGGGAUUGGCCACUGGAGAAAAGGAAGGUUCAGCCCAUUCACCCCAUCUUUUCUUGGUGUGGAUCCACAGAAACAAAGGACAUUGUAAUGCCCACUUAUGACCUGACCGAUUCUAUACUGGAGACUAUGGGGCGGGUGAGCCUAGACAUGACUUCUGUCCAGGGAAACACUGGCCCAAAAUGGGAGGAGAAAAACAAUACAGCUUUUUGGAGAGGUCGAGACAGUUGUAAAGAGAGGCUGGAGCUGGUGAAGAUGAGCAGAAAACAUCCGGACCUAAUAGAUGCUGCUUUCACACACUUUUUUUUCUUCAAACAUGACGAGAGCCUCUAUGGCCCUAUUGUACAACCUAUAUCUUUUUUUGACUUCUUUAAGUACAAAUAUCAAAUCCUUGUUGAUGGAACCGUGGCAGCAUACAGAAUGCCAUACCUGCUUUCUGGGAAUAGUGUGAUCCUUAAGCAGGAUUCCAUAUACUAUGAACACUUCUACAGUGAUCUCCAACCAUGGAAACAUUAUGUGCCUUUUAGGAAAGACCUUAGUGAUUUACUUGAGAAGAUCCAGUGGGUCAAAGAUCAUGACAUUGAGGCCAAAAGAAUUGCACAAGCAGGGCAGGAAUUUGCAAGGAAUAACCUAAUGGGAGAGCAUAUUUUCUGCUAUUAUUUUAAACUUUUUCAGACCUAUGCAAAGCUGCAGGUGAGCGAACCGAAAAUAAGAGAAGGGAUGGAAAUUGUUGAACACCCUACAGAUAACCUCUUUCCAUGCCAAUGCCACAGAAAUUUGGUGAAGGAUGAGCUUUGACUAGAUAUUGGUCUUGUGCUUUUACAGAGUUGGACUUCCUUUAUUACACAGUAUUAUGUCAAUUACCUGAGAUUUUUUUUAAUAAACUUUAAAAUGAUUUGCUACUUUUUAAUGAUAAAAUGUUUAAUAAUAAAAACAGAGCUAUAAUACA